UGAACACACCUUAACUGGUGAUACUCAACACCAAGUGAAAAACCACAACAGUGAUUUUUAUUUCUUAAUGUAGAUAAGAACUAUUAUUUUUACAAUUGGAUGCCGCAACAGAAGUCACUUCUUCCAAGUUAUGUUUUAUUGUCUUUGGUAAAAUACAUCGCCGCAGUUUGAUUUGCCAGAAUACACUGGCUACUUCUACGGACAUUAUUGUGAGUGAAUCUAUUUCCGAGGUCCCAGAUGGCUAAUUCGGUAUUGAAUUGGCUACAAACCUUCAUGGUAGUCGUUUCCCUCUUCCCUGGAGUGGUGGUGUCUUUAGCUCCUCUUUAUGGAGAAGCAGCAAGUCAUCUUCAAGACAAGUAUCUAGUCCAUCUCAAGGAAAACAACAAUGUUCGGGAGACUAUUCAAGCCAUGGAAGAAAUGAUGACGAAACGGUCUAGGGUCGUCUGGAGAGUACAUGAAACAUUUGAAGAAACAAUAGGAGCCUUUGUUGCUGAACUAGACCAGGGUGCAUUGGAUGCGAUCAGAGCAAAUCCCAAAGUUGAUUUCGUGGAAAGAGACCAAGCAGUUUACAUGUAUCUAGACGCCUCUCAACACGCUGAGAGUAAUCUUCACACUGAGUGGGGUUUAGACCGUAUCGACCAGCGGGAACUACCACUCGAUGGAGUCUUUGAUGUAGAAGGGACGGGAGAUGGGGUACAUGUUUAUGUAUUGGACACCGGUCUUCUGGCGUCACAUGAGGAAUUCCAGGGAAGAGCAAACAUUGUGUAUGACCACUUUAAUGAAGAGGGCACAGAUUGUCAGGGCCACGGCACGCAUGUUGCUGGUAUUAUUGCUGGUAAAACGUAUGGGGUAGCUAAAGAAGUCUUUCUACACGGUGCAAGAGUUCUCAAUUGUGAAGGCGAGGGAACAGUUUCAAGUGUACUUGGAGCCCUUGAUUGGGUAGCGAAACAUGCAACUCAUCCAGCUGUAGUGUCAAUGUCUUUAGGAGGAGACUACUCUUUAUCAUUGACCAAGAUGAUCAAAAGAACUGUCGAGUCUGGUUUAACAGUUGUUGUGGCUGCUGGUAAUUCCCAUGCCGACGCAUGCAGUUGUUCACCCGCCAAUUCAGAAGAGGCCCUCACGGUGUCUGCCAGUGACAUCGAGGAUCGUGUAGCAUCUUUCUCCAAUGUGGGCAAGUGUGUGGACCUCUUCGCACCAGGAGUCAACAUCAACAGCGCCUGGAAAAACUCCUUGACGGAUACAAAAGUUCAAUCCGGGACAUCUAUGGCUUGUCCGUUUGUAUCAGGUGCUAUUGCUGUGAUGCUUGGGAAUGACCCUAGUCUGACCCCUACAGAGAUCAAAGAAAGACUACUAGUGAAGUCAUCUAUGGUAAUGCAGUCAACGGAUGCAGAUACACCAAAUAAUCUACUGUAUUUAGAGUAACAGCAAUUACUACAGUGACUUUUAAGUCUGAUAUGGUGACGAACGACAAUGGAGAAGUUCACCCCAUACCACUUUAUCGCCAAUAGACCUUAUCGCAAAUACCAAUGCGCAAGCGCAGACUGUUGAAUGAGGUGCAUUGUGGGAUAGGUA